AUGGAUGAUGAGAAUCAUGAGAUUCCCAUUCCUAUUCCUUUUCUAAUUGUCGGUGCAAUUUGUGCUAUCAUAGUGAGGUACAAGAUUAUUAGGGAGGUUGGUAACGGUACAUUUGGAAGUAUCUGGCGCGCUUUGAAUAAGCAGUCUGCUGAAGUGGUUGCAAUAAAAAAGAUAAAGAAGAAAUACUAUUCGUGGGAAGAAUGCAUAAAUUUAAGAGAAGUCAAGUCACUGCGGAAAAUGAACCAUCCAAAUAUAGUUAAGCUUAAGGAGGUCGUUAGAGAAAAUGAUGUUUUGUACUUUGUCUUCGAGUACAUGGAAUGCAAUCUGUACCAUCUUUUGAAGGAGAGGAGAAAAUUUUUUUCAGAAGUAGAAGUAAGAACUUGGUGCUUCCAAGUGCAUACAUACAUCAACGUGGAUACUUCCAUCGUGACCUCAAGCCAGUUUCAUAUCUUAUUCAAAUUAGAGAACUUGCUAGUCUCAAAGGAUAUCAUAAAAGUUGCUGAUUUUGGUCUAGCACGGGAGAUAAACUCUCAACCUCCGUUCAUAGAGUACCGGGCACCUGAAGUUCUAUUCCAGUCACCAACAUAUGGUCCUGCAGUUGAAAUGUGGGCUAUGGGCGCAAUAAUGGCUGAAUUGUUUACCCUUCGUCCUCUAUUUCCGGGCUCAAGAAAAAUUCAGUCUAGGAGAGCAGAAGGGGAGAAACUGAAUCAUUGGGCCGAAAAUGCAUGGAGAAACCAAUGUCACUGGCAGAUGCAUUGGAGUUAUGCCAGUCAUAGACGCCCGAAUAUGCAGAGCCGUAUAGUUUCUUGUGGUUGUCGGUUCUUCGAGGGCAGUAAAAUGUUCUUGAGUCCGAGGAUUGAUGUAGCUUAG